AUGGCGGGCGACACCGUGUCGGCGCAGGAGCCCAAGGAGAAGGCACCGGAGAAAGAACCCAAGGAGGAGAAGGAACCCAAAGAGAAGGAAACCAAGGAGAAGCAGCCUGAGGAGAAGGAGGCUGUGAAGAAAGCAGAGGGCAAGAGCGCCGAAGGAGCUGAGGCCAAGCCAAAGCCCCAGGAAGCCUCGCCCGCCACGCUGCUGGCCAUGGUCGCGGGCGCCCUUGCGAUCGCAACGGUGGCGUCUGUGGUGUCGCAAAGCGACGUGAUGAAUGGAGGGAGCUUGCUGGGCUGGUACGAUUCCCUUUGGGCCGAGCACAUCGUCCCGGCGCCAUCCGCCCCGAAGAGCGUUUGCACCAUCCAGUUUUGCCAGAGCUGA